AAUAAUUUAGUAUUCGUCAUAGCGUAUGUGAAUUUACACGUACCUAUUUGAUGUGAAAUUUGUGUUAAUAACAUACUUACUUAUAGAUGUAAUAAAGAUAGCUUGAGUCGUAAUGAAUUACAAGGCAAUUAGUAAGUCUAUAGACAUACACAGAAGGUUAAUAAAUAUAAGACAUGGCGUCCAGCGGUCGUACUCGUCAGGCCAGCCGAAGCCAUUCGAAUCAAUACCGGGGCUCUCGUCUGUACCUGUCUUGGGUACUCUGCACCAUUUUCUGCCUGUUAUAGGUUCAAUAGGAUCCAAUUUGAAUUUAGUUCAAACCUUUCAAGUCUUGAACGAGAGAUAUGGCUCAGUAGUAAAAAUGGAUGGAUCAUUUUCUAAACCGAGUAUGCUUCUUCUUUUUGAGCCUGAACUUUAUGAGCAGGUGUUUAGAGCUGAGGAAAGUAAUCCAAUACGGCCUGGACUGGAAGCUCUGGCUUAUUAUCGGGAACAGUUGAGAAAAUCCACUUUAAAAGGUGUUACUGGACUAACGGCCUCGCAAGGAGAUAGCUGGAGAAGUUUUCGAACCAAGGUAAAUCCUGCGUUAUUGAAAAUUAAGCUACUGAAAUUAUAUGCGCCAGCAUUGGAGGAGAUUUCUAAAGAAAUGGUAGACAGGCUAAUCAGACUUCAUAGGGAGGGCGAUUACCUAAAAGAAAAUUUUGAUCGAGAGGUGAUAAAUUGGGCUUUGGAAUCUGUCGCCUUCAUUGGUAUGGACACAAGGCUGGAUUGUUUGACCGAUAAGCUUGGUCCUGACAAUCCCAGUAAAAAACUGAUGAAGUGCGCAACGGACAUACUAGAUUUGUCAUUCAGUUUGGAAACCCUGCCGACUACUAUGUGGAAGAAGUACCCAACCAAAACAUUAAAGAAGCUCGUGGAGGCAUUCGACUUGCAAUGGCAAAUAAGUAGCCAAUACGUCGAAGAGGCCGAGAAACGGAUAAAUGAACGAGGUUACGACGUCCCCGAGGAAGAGAAGACCAUAGUUGAGAGGCUACUAGCCGUUGAUAAAACAGUGGCUAUCAUGAUGGCAACCGAGAUGCUGCUCGCUGGUGUAGACACUGUAUCGUUUACUUUGAUCUCGCUUUUGUACGACUUGGCCAUGAAUCCUGAAAAGCAGGAGAAACUUCGCGAAGGGCUGUUUGCUGAGAAACCAAGCAAGCGAUACCUGCGAGCAUGCAUGAAAGAGUCGCUUCGAUUGUCGCCCGUUGUUGCGAUCAAUGUUAGAAGGACGGGAAAGGAACACGUUGUAGCCGGUUACCACGUUCCGAAAGGGAUUGACGUGAUUGCGCCAAAUGAAAUUCUGACCAAUUCAGAUAAAUUCUUUCCAAGAGCAAAAGAAUUCUUGCCGGAAAGAUGGCUUGUGGAUAAAAGUGAUCCCUUAUACUACGGAAAUGCACACCCUAUGACUAGUUCACCAUUUGGAUUUGGUAUAAGAUCAUGUAUAGGUCGUCGGAUAGCAGAGUUAGAGAUUGAGACAUUUGUAGAGAAACUGCUGAGAAGUAUUAAAGUGAAAUGGGAAGGACCCCCUCUAGAAGUCACAACAAGAAUUAUGAAAGUUCAUAUCAAACCAUUUGGUUUCAAAUUUGAAGUUAUACCUAACAGAAUUUAACUAAAAUAUAUUUAUACAAUUUUUAUUGUCUUUU